AUGAAACGUUCACCAUCAUCUCUUCCUUCUGAGAGCGACACUGAUGUGGAUUCCAACUACUCUCCUCGAGAAGAUUCAAAGCCCAACGUCUUAUCAAGCUCUACCAUUACCCCAUCAACGCCUAAAAGAAAGUCGAAUGGAACUAGCGAAUCGCCAGCCAAGUCGCCCAAAUCCAACAAAAAGGCGAAAGCCGAAAACCCUUCUAAUGGGAUUUGGGAUGGAGAGAAAUCAAUUCAUUGA